GGUUCAGUCCCUCCUAUGUGUGUGACCAGCAGAAGGGGAUGAAAUGUCACCGUCAGUGAAAUGCCACCUGCAGGCAAGUGUGCGGUUAGUGCCGGCAGCGAGCAGGGAGAGGUGUUACUGGGGACAACGACGGGGAAGUGUGUGCAAGCCAGGCUUUUGUGCUGGCUAAAGGAAGACUUUGCUGUGACUCUGGGUUAUUUCUCAGUGUGGGCAAAGUGCUGGGAAAGGGUAAAGCCUCCCUUAGAAAGAGGUGCAGGGAAACGAUGGAGUCAGCUGCGCUCCAGUUCUCAGUUAAAAGUAGGGAGUCGGGGAAUAAAUAAGGUUUUAUUCUGUUUUCUCAUUUUCAGAAGCAACCCUAAAAAAUAGCCUGGAAGAAGGACUGAGGCAGGAGCAGAGGGUGUACAGCACCCCCAGAUUGUCCUCAAAGCCCUGUAGUCCUGGGCCACGGUGCAGGGCAGCAUCCCAGGCGCUGGGUGAACGUGUGGCAGAGCUGGGUGCCGGAGCGAGAGGAAGGGCUUUGAAGCAAUCUUUGCGCAGUGGUGUUGCAGGGAGGUGGGCGAAAUGUGAGGAGGGCAGCUCGUGUGUGCAGGUCUUGAGGUAGGAAGGCAACGAGGGCUUUUUCUUCCUCUCGGAAGAGCUCGUUCCCAUGCUUCCUGCAGCUCUCAGGGGCUGCACGUGUGGUGUUUCCCAAGGACUCCCUGGCCGCCGGGCAGGUGCCUGUUGGGCUGUGCCACGUUUGCUUUCGCACAGCGUUAUAAAACGGAGGUGCAGAAGCUUUCUCCGCUCCUUCCUGGAGGCCAAAAGCCGCGUGGCUCAGUUUCUCCCUCAGGGGGCUGUCACUAUGGCUGGCCUGAACGUUUCCAUCGCCUUUUUUCUCCUGGUUGUCAGCACGUGCGAGAUGCUCAGGCGGCUUUCCAAGAGGCUGCUGUCUCCUGGGGCGUACUGCUGCCUUGCUGGAGAGCUGACUGGGUCGCUGCAGCUCUGCUCGAGCUGCCUGGAGCUGAGGAUGCUGCUAGAGAUUGGCCCGUGGGGUGGCGGCUUUGGCCCUGAUGUGGUCUUCACACUGCUCUUUCUCCUCUUCAUGGUUCACGCCGCCUCCUUGGAUGGAGCGUCUGCCAACCCCACUGUCUCUCUCCAGGAGUUCCUGCUCCUCGAAUCCGGCCCCACAGCCACUGCUGCCAAGCUGCUGGCCCAGGGUGUGGGCGUGGGGACAGGCUGGGCCAUCACCAAGCUCUACUGGUCCUGGGAGCUGACCCAGCUCCACCUCAUCCAGAACCUGAUUGCAUCUGAGUGCAGCUCCUCCAUUCGCACCUCGCUCUACCACGGGGCCUUCGUGGAGGGUGCCUGCUCUUUCCUCUUCCACCUUGUGCUUCUCAGGUUGCGGCGGAGCCGUGCAGCGUACCGGGCGCCUGCCCUGGCAGCCACUGUCACCUUCCUGACUUAUGCAGCUGUGAUGACCACAGGGGCUUUCUUCAACCCCGCCCUGGCCGUGGCCACCACUUUUGCCUGCGCAGGGAGCAGCCUGCAGGACUACGUCCAGGUGUACUGGCUGGGGCCCCUCGCAGGGAUGCUCGCUGCCAUCUUGCUGCACCAAGGCAACAUCCCAAGACUCUUCCAAAAAAACCUGCUUUACGGCCAGAAGAGCAAAUACAAGAUACCCAAGGCAAGGCUGGCACACACACAGGGUGGAGAAGAGCGGCGGAAGGGGAAAGGCGAGAAGAGCGACCCUGUGCCUCGUGCCUGAGCCCAUGCAGCCCCACUGCUGGGAGGGGGACUCCUAGCACGGAGGAUUUUGCACACCCAAGCCUGCAGCGCUGUCCCCGGGGGGGAAACUAAUGUAUCUGUGUAAAUUGCUGGUUGUCUUGUGUACACAGGAAGCUUACGGAAACUAGGGACCAUUACGCGGGCGUGCUUGAGCAGCUUCCAGGUUGUUGCAUCAUGCAUCGCUUGAAAUAAUCCAUCUAUGUCUCCCAUAAAAACAGCCAUAAAAACAGCGUAAACCAGUAACCAUGUUUCAAGCCUUGGAAACUUGGGAUGAGGAGGAAGGUAUCGGUAAAGCUUGUCAUCCUUUGAGUUAAACUGAGGUCCCCAGGUUGCACGGUUCGGGGAGAAGGGUUUAAAACGGUUCCAUGCUCUGAAGUUCACAGCGCUGCCGGGCGCAGGGCACGCUGCUGCCCCCAGCCGCUCUGCUUGGCCAGUGCUGCGUGCACCACUGGGGAGCCGUAGGGUGGCAACAGGGGUGCACAGGGUGCCCGUGGUUAACAGACGUGGCACCGCUACGUGUUGGGGUGGGGGGGUGCAUGUGGACCCAGCCCUGGGCCGCUCUCCGUGGCUAUGUGAAAUACCCCUAAGGAAAUGAGGCGUUGUGACAUAAAAUAAAUGUGAUUGGCGUUGAGGUGAGUGGUGUCCUUCCUGCCAGAGUGCAGCUGACUGAGUGGAAAUGAAAGAAAUCUGCU